CGACUUUCGUGGCGCCAAAGCUGCCGGCACUGACCAUGGCGGCGGACGUGACCGCGCAACUCACUGCGGCCUACCAGCGCGAGCGCGCAGGCCGCGAGGCGAUGGCGCGCGAGGCCGCGCUGCAGCAGCGGCAGCGCCGCAUACAGACCGCGUGCGUGCGUGGCUUUGCGCCCGGCGAGGUGGCCGUCACGAUUCCCGUGGCCGGAGCGUGCGCCGGCAUCCCGGCGUGCUGCUCCGGCAUGCUGGCCGAUCGGGGCUCGCCGCUGGCCGCCAUCGUGACCCACCCCUGGGGUCCGAUGGGCGGGUCGAUGCAUGACCCAAACGUGCUGGCCCUCGCCGACACACUGGGCGAGAGCGGCGGCGUCACGACCCUGCGCUUCAACUUCCGGUGCGGCAUCGGGCGGGGCCACUCCUCCGCCGACGACAUCCGCGCGGCGUGGGCCUUCCUCCGCUCGUGCUGCGACCCGCCGCCGAGCCGACUCAUCCUCGCGGGAUACUCGUACGGCUCGCUCUGCGUCGCCGACGCCGCGCCGUCGCUCCGUGAGCACCUCUCGGCGCUCAUCCUCCUCGCGCCGCCGCUCAGCUUCGCCGCCCCGCUCUUCUUUUGCCGCGACGUCACCUCGCCGCUCCAGCGUGGGGAGGCGCGCGCGCCCGCCCUCCUCAUCAGCGGCACGGCAGACCAGUUUUGCUCGGUGCGCCGCUACGAGCGCUUCUCUCGCGGGUUCAGCGGUGGCGCGCGCGCGACGAUGCUCUCCGUGCGCGGCGCCGACCACUUUAGCUUGUGGAUGAUGGCGGCACCCGCCGCCCAGCUCGCGUCCUGGCUGCAGGCGACCUUUGGGUGUCCCCUCGCCGAGCUGCGCCAGAGCGCGGGCGAGCCGGUCGCCGCGCCUGGCAUGGCGCCGGCCGAGGAGGGCGUGCGGCAGGUGUGACGCAGAAGGUUCUUGAGCUGGGUUCUCGGAGUUGCAAACGGGCAACCAGUUUCGGCUCCGCCCCAGUGGAGGCUCCCAGGGCCGCCGCAAGGCGUGCCGGCUUUCUUUAUAUUUGACACCGGGGCUUGCUACCGAGAAACAAAGAAAGCGGGGAGGUCCGAACGGCCGGAGUCCUCCUCUCCUGUGUGUGGUGGCGGCGUGCCGCGUCCUCCCAUCCCUCCCUUCGUCCCUUGGGUUCUUGUCUGUUUUGAGUUUUCUUUCUUUCUUUUAGAGCG